AUGCGCAUCGUACCCUCAAAGGACAAUGAGCAAAAUUAUGAACUACAAAAUAUUAACAAUAAGUGAGUUUAUUUUAUCAAUCUUCACUGCCAAUGUUUCAAAGUUCAGAAGAAAGCAUGCUGAUCAAUUCUAAAAAACCUAAUUUUAAUACUGGGAAUAAAUUUUUUUCCCGCAACUUCGAAUUACUUUCAAUCAUCCAUCAAGGAAGCAUAGUUAUGUGCAUGAUCACUUUUCGAAUAUCGAAAAAUGUCUCAAUGUUUAUAAAAGUCAGAAACUCUCUCCAUUGAGCGCACUCUUUCGUAUCACUCGCUUUACUUCCUUGAGUUAGUGAUUUCGGGUUGACCUCAAGGCUGAACCACUGAUCGGCGUUGGGCAAAGGGCGCAAAAAAAGUCUUCAAGAGUUUACAGCAGUAACGACUCUUCAGAAAUUGGAAUCAAUCUCUCAUGUAUGCGGCCAAGGCCAGUGUAACAAAACUGGUAAACCGCAAAUUUUCGACCAUUCCGUUAAAGGGACAUCGACAACAACCAGCCAUUUGGAAAAUACCACAAGACUGGAUACACCAAUUUGAACGAAUUACAUUUGAAAACUCGAAAAAAAAGUGGACUUCAAACUUUCUUUUUUUCUAUUACACCCAAUCAGUUUCCAUGAUUUUCGAAACUCACGACAACCUAGACUCUAUUAAUUUCUAAUAAAAUGUAGUCUCCUGUUUUUCUCUCAAAAGUUCUUGAUGAAAAUUAACCAUCUUGUCAUGUCAAAAAAACUGCACCAAUGUUUCGAAUUUGGUCGAACACAGCAGGAGACGUCGAAAUGAGAACCAGUCGAGAGAAAUCAACGUUAUCACUCCUUUUCUGGCCUCUCGCGCACAGUAAUGCUCUCUCCAAGUUCUUUGACUUGCAUCCCGCCCCCGUACGGUAAAAGAAAAAAAGGUUGGGCCACCACAAAAAUCAUUCAAUAAUUCGAAUUAACGCGUCCGUCGUUGUCCAUUUUUCGCUUAUUUUGAUUCGAGCCCUUAGUCGGUUUUUAGCGUUCUUGCCGGACUCAUAUUCAGUUAAUCUUAUGUUACAUAUAGUUUAAAGCCAAUAGUUUAAAACUCAAAUAUCCAUAAACCUAUUCAUAAACUAUACGUAUAAAGACUUUCGAUUUCGUUGUUUUUAAAUUACCUUUUUUUGAAAAAGUUUUUCAAAGAAACGUAGUACAAAAAAUCCAGCGCGUGAUUUUUCUCAAUUAAAUUAGGAACGAAACAAGAAUUGCGCUCUUCACUUUAUCGCGCACCGUAAUUACUUGUAUUUUCAGGUCGGCAUUAUGUCCUUUGACGUUGCGAAAAAUUAUUGACGAGACCAUAUGUUUUGCCCAAAAGAUGGCCAAUCACUCAACUUCCUGUUUUGCCCCACUUAAAAUACUGUCGAAUCGACGAAGUUCCUAAUUUUCUAUCAGUUUUAUUAGCAACCAAAAUGAGCUGUUUACUCUCUUUCGUGGUCAUCUUUUUUCACCUUUUAUACCAUCUAAGCUGCGAGAACCUCAACAAUACUUUUUUCUAUCCAGCUCAUUUUUUUUUAGAAACAAAAUGGGUGCAGUGGAGGUCGACCCCCAGGAUGAGAAGCCUCGGUCCUGCUCAGACGCCAUGUUCGGCAAGACGGCUCGCAAAUGGGCCUUCAUUUUCAUCGUCACUUUCCUCGCAUGUCUCACUAUCAAGGAUCUCUAUCAACUGGUAAAAAUAAUGGUCAAGAAAAACUUGAUAAAUAACAAAAUGUUUUGAAGCUCUGCAAAAGUAAGAGAUACAAUAUCUGUUUUGAGUUUUAUUUUCAGUUAGGAGACUCAGAAAAUUAUAAAAGUUCAUUCAAAAAUUUAUUGAUGUACUGGAAAUCGAACCUGCAUUGAUACCAUAUGCAAAAAGGUUAGACCUGAAAUUUUAAAGUUUGAAACUUUCCACUCACAAAAAAGAGCGAGUUAAUAGAAGAUAUUCUUUUCCAUCCAUUUUUCCCAUUUUCAGAACCAAAAUUUUGAAUAGAGUGUGACAAUUAAAUUUAAAAAUACUUUUUUUAUUCUAAAAUAAUCUUUUAAAUAAGAGAAAGCUUCAUACAAAAAAAAUAAAACCGUCAUUCAAAAAAUUAAGGUUUCUGAAUACUUCGACUAUCCGAAAGAAUCCGAAAUCAACAUAAUGUUCAACGAUUCGAUGACUAUGCCCAACGUCACGUUCUGUAUGUCUCGGACGCAAGCUUGGAGUCACUUCAAGAUCAACGAAUCUGCCCCAGCCGACGAGUGGGACGCGAUUGUCGAGGUGCGUGACGAGGUGUCAGGACUGUGGAAAGCCGAAUUUCAGGAAGAACUCGCCAACAUGACAACUCACGACGAUUUCAUGUCGAAGCCUUGGGAUUUCCGCCUAGUGAUGGAGGCCUACGACAUGAUCGCCACGUACAACAGUCUAGAGAGGGAGACGACGGCUCACGGUUCUGCUCGUUCAAUUCAUGUUUUCCGCGUGUCGCCGAGACUUGCCGCAAAAAGGAAGACUUUCAAAGUUUGUAGUCGCUCAGCUAUCGAUCCAAAAAGAAAAUGUACAGAAAUGGCACGAUGUAUUGAAAAGCAGAGGAGUUACCUUCGAGGAAUUCACUCAGAAGGCCGGCACGGAGGUAUUGCGGAGGUCGAUGCAGCGGUUCCAAAGAACUUCUUUCAAAGAAGACUUAGUCAUCAAGACUAAGCUGAGGACAUCGUGGAUUUCGAUGAUGCAGAUCUGCUUCCAGCCCAUGUUUGAUGGGGACAACUUCUACUCAAUCGAAGACCAGGUGGGGGAAAAAAAGAAACUUUCUAUAAAAAAAAAGCUUUUCUCAGGGUAACUUCUUCACGAUGAUGCUCUCUCACAACGCAGACAACCUCGAUGGAAAGAGUGUCGACUGUAUGUCUGUUGACUUCCACGGCCGACCAUCUUCUCUGAACCGAUUCAUGGAAGGCAAAGGACGUGUUCGUGAUGGCUUUGCGGAUGAGGUGAACAAUAAUCAAAGAUUUCCUCCAGAUUUUCAGUUUUCAGGUCUGCGCGGGACAGCGACAUGAGUUGACAGUCGAAGUGGAAUCCUACUACCAAAUGCUCGAGAACGACGAACCAGGAACGGCUUGCCAAGAGGUUGAGGAAGACGAAGACACGGAGUUCGACUGCAGAUCUCGGUGCCGGAUGCAAAUGAUCAGAGUUAGAAGAUCACGUGAGACAUCCCUUGAACAAACUUUCAGGACAUUUGCAACUGCACUGGACACUCGCUGAGUUAUCUGGCCAACAAUGACCUGGGAAAGUAUCCUCUCUGUGACUACACUCAAUGUGUUCUUGAGUAAUAGGAGUCCUCACCUUUAACAGAAAAAAUAUAAAGUGUUCAGUGUCCAAAAGGGAAACUUCUCCGACGAAGAAUGCUCAAAGAACUGUUAUCGCGAUUGUAAGCAAUACCGCUUCAAGGUAAACCACGCUGUGAAAGGACGUAUGGUCCGACCAGGUGUGCAAAUUCAAAAUUCAACAUUCAAUGUUUUUAUUGACAACAGAUCUGACACUGGUGGAACUAAGCUGGGGCUCUUUCGAGUACUUGACGAUGGAGCAGCAUUGGAAGUACACAAUUGCCUCGUUCAUCGCCAGUUUAGGAGGCGCAAUGGGAAUGUGGCUUGGCUUGUCCAUCUUGUCCCUUGUUCAGGUGUUUCCAGUCUUUGAAUACUAUUUUAUGGCUUUUUGCAGGGAGGCACGUAUCUCUAUUCCUACAUUACCAACCGCGUCGUCAAAGAAAAGAUUUUGAAGAAAGGACCAUCGGUCGCAGAUAUGAAAGGAAAGCGAAUGGACAGCAAGGUGGGAGAAGUUCUUGCACAUGCACUGCCGUUUCAGUUCUUCUUUUCCCUUCGUAAUCAACUUAAUAGUAUCUCUCCUUUCGGCAUGGCAUGAGUUUGACUUCCGCCUGUGUUGUUAUAGGAUUCGGACUUUGAAAUCGACUUGGGACAGGAAAACAAGAAGAUAUCGCUGUCCUUGUCGGCUAAUCCCUUCGGAAACUUGUUCAACGGAGAGCCGGAGGGCGAGCGUCCUUCUUCGCGAAAAACCUCGUCGGCCGUCAAGGCAAGGCUUCUGGCAUCGCGAGAUUCUCCUACGCUUUAACUAACACUAACACUGAACGAAUAAGUUCAAUAGCCUUAUAGUUUUCAAAUUGAACUGGGAUUGCAUGAGUGAUGCGGAGUAGCACGCUGCAGAUUGCUUUAACCUUUCACGGCUCGCGCGCGGAAAAUAUUAGUAAAGCUGCGGGAGUUUUAGUUGUAACCUUACCGCAACGUUUUGGGCCAUUCCAUGUUUGACAACCACGCUCAGUAAAUAGGAAUACCAAAUAUUCCGGAGAAGCCUUAUUGAUUUGAAAAAAAAAAUUCAAGAAUUUUAUUCAAAAAAAUAAGUAAGUUAGUUUAAAAAAACUGCACGGAAGGUUAAGUGGCAAAAUACAUUCUUUAUCUCUUUUAACAUAAAAUUAAGAAAGGUUUUAAAGAUUUUCCUAGGGUGUUCAGUAGAAUAAACUGAACUGGAAAACGGAAGAUUUCCAACUUCACAAUGGCCUUGUCACUUUCUGCACAUUCACUAAUUUUUUUCGUUCAUCAACAAGCUUAAAAAUGAGAAAUCUCGAUUUAAAAAAAAACGUCUUUGCAGGAUUCCUUCAGUCAAAAUCCCAACGGCGCCUCGACAGUUCGUAUUAAUUGA